GUGCUGAUUUAAUCGCUGGCCAGUUACUGAUAAGCUCGCUCCCUCCGUAAUGAUGCGUGUGUUUUAUAGUAAAUGGUAGUUUAUACCGUGAGUGCGUGGGAGCCAGCAAGCAGAGCAGUAUUGAGUGUUGAUCAGUACGUUACUUUGAAUGCUAACCAGCUUGCUAGGUUAGCCCAUGCGAGUGAUUUUUUGAAGGGUAACCGUUAGCUAGAAUCACAGACCGCGACGAACAAGCGCAGGUCGUAGGCAGACUGAACGCUGUCAGUCGGGAGAGACCGAAGCGAGUGGCAUGGCAGCUCCCCGGCCCAUUAAAGGCAUUUUAAAGAACAAAAACGGCGGGAUAUCCGCCAAAAAAGGCCCAGAGUUGCCGGUGGAGAAGCAGGAGCAGCCAGCAGCAAUCGGGGUCCUGGAAGAUGAUCAGCAAAAGAAGUCCCAGACAUGGGACGAGAUGAACAUCCUGGCCACGUACCACCCGGCUGAUAAAGACUACGGCCUGAUGAAGAUCGACGAGCCCAGCACCCCCUACAACCGGAUGCUGGACGAGGACGGAGAGACGCUCAGCGACUCAGAGACCAGCGCUGCACUCACCGUUGACGACCUCGCCAAGAAACUGGCGACCGCCGGGGAGGUGGAGUCUCGCUUCAUGGCUCGGGAAGAGGAGGAGAGCAGCGAGGAGGAAGAGGAGGAGCUUAGCCCCGAGGAGCAAGCGAAGAAGAAGCAGUUUGAGAUGAUGCGUAAGAUGCACUACAACGAGGGCAUGAACAUCCGUCUGGCCCGCCAGCUCAUCGCCAGCGAGCUCGCCGAGCAGGAGGAGGAGGAGGACGCCGAGAUGAAGGACGACACGGAGACAGAGGACAUCAGCGUGGACCCCCCUCAGGAAGCGGACUCCUAGGCGGAGGCCACGGCCCUUCCCCCCCCCCGUUGACUUGGCCCCGGUAACGUUAACAGCAGACGAAGGCAGUCCUGAAGCAGGUCAAAGGUCAAACGGGCACUGCCACGCGACCCCUUCAUACACAUCCGUUUUCACAACAGCGCCGAGGGAAGGUCACCGGUCUCUUCUGUUGCCAAGCGUCCUGUCGUCCUCGCUGAAGGGGAGGAGCCUAAAAACUGUUACCUGUGCGUACCUGGACUGCUCCCCCACCCCCACCCCACCUAAGGGCCACAGUCAGACUGUGAGGGGUGGCUGUGUGUCUCCAUUUGUUUUUGUUUUUAAUUCCUUAAAAUUUUCUUGCUUCCUUGCCUUGAUAUUUAUUCCUAAUUUUUUUCUUCUCUCUUAUGACUUUUUUCGUUUUCUCUGUCUGGAUAACUCCACGAUUGUGAAAAGAAAUAGCCACAAGAUUUUCCAUGGCUAAAAGGUGAUUGGCCGCAAGAUUUACUGUGGUUAGAAGUGAUUGGCCACAAGAUUUACUGUGGUUAGAUGUGAUUGGCCAUAAGAUUUGCUGUGGUUAAAGGUGAUUGGUUUGGUUUUUUUGGACUGCCUUUUAAAUUAUUUCAGUCUGUUGGAUGCGUUCCUAUUCUCCUGUUUCUUUUAAAGAAUCCCAGAGACUUCAGAAUCCCGUGGAACUCUGUUCCUAGGUGUGGUUUAUUUAUUGAAGCGAGGCGUAUGUGGGCUUGCCCUGGGUGGUCCCGUGCUGAUUAAUGAUUGUCAUAAGCAAAGUGCACUGUAGCUCCAGAACGGGAAAUAAAACCAUAGUGUCUCCACUGGUGUUUUUAAUGGCUCGAGCUAAUGUUUUGUUUAUUUUUAUUUUGGCAAAUGUUCACAUUUUUGUUAUGAAAAUAGCUCUAUUGUUUCAAUGCAUGGAUGUGAGGACAGUUCUUUCUUUUAUUUCUUGACUGACUCGGGCCAAUUAAAAACGUUCUGUGGAAACCCAAAAAUAUGCAAGCUGGGUGAAGAGUGAUCAUGUGACCACGAGAUCAUGUGACCACUCUCCCCUGUAUUAGCCCCAGAGGCACUGAUGUCACUAGUUUAAAUCAGCCUUUAGAUUUUAAGGGGUGUGCAAUAACACAGCUAAAAAAAACUUUAGAUUACUGACAAGUGGAACUGCAGUCUGUGGUAUGUGUAAAUAGCUACCGACAUCAGGGGUAAAUUCAGUGCACAAGUGUUCUAGACCUGACCUCCCCUUGCAAAGUGUCCCUUGCGGUGGAAAAAAGGGCACUUUUUUCAGGUGUACAGCCAAAUGUGUAAAAUAAAUCGGACACGAGCGAUCUGACUCGUGCUAGUAGAGGAGGUACUGAACCACAAAAAAUUUAUUUAAUAUGCAGCACAAUUCCAGGCUAUAUGUAAACCGAUUUACUUAUUCAGAGGGGCUUGGUGUUGAAUGUCCCCCUGUCGCUGGUGAACGUUGUCGUGUCGUGGCUAAGUUUGUGUGCAUGUUUACCUUCUUCAGGAGUGUGCAACCGGAGUUAAGAUGGCCGCCACGACAGGCCACGCCCCUUUCAUUGUGUCGCCCCGCCCACAGUGGGAGGAGCCUCUGAAUGGCAGAAACUUGCCAAGGCUCUCGGCCUUCUUGUGUUUUUAUGAAUGAAAGCUUGCGUUUGGAACGGCUUUUAUUUUUUGCUCUGGAGUUGAAAGUUUUGCUUCCCCACUUCCGUUACUGCCCAGCUCUGUGAAGCCUGCUCAAUUUCCGCAGGGUGUUAUUCCCCCCCCCGUCCCGAAACGCUGCCCGUGUUGCUGAUUUGGCAAAUGGAUCUGGUGGCAUUUUGAAAGACUGAGUAUCAUUUUAAAUAUGUGUGGAAUAUUGUAUAUAUGAAAUAUUAAUUUGUCCUUUUUUUUUUUUUUACAUGUGAAAAAAAAAAAAAAAGCAGAAUGCUUAAUUGCCGGACUGUGAUGAAAAUGGAUGAAUGCCCUAAACGCCCUCUAGGGGGCGGCCAAGACGGUCACUGUCAUAUUAUUUAUUUGGAAAAGACUGUUGGCUGUUCCAGUGCGUUAAUAACGCUGUCCAUCGCAGCCAUGAACAUCCAUGAGAUGGCCAACUCGCACUCUUUUUACAGAACUAUGUUCACAUGGAACGUAACUCAUAUACUUCAGUCUUAAUGGGGCAUUGGGGUCAUUUUGGCUCUUUUUUUCAUGGCAUAUUAUUUAAAGCACAGUGAGCAAAUUAGCACAAUUACAAAUGACACUGUGUGCGCUUGCCAGGGGUGUGACUUUGCACUUUGUAUGCAUUUUGAUGAAAUGUCUGUCUGUGUGUGUGUGUGUGUGUGUGUGUGUGUGUGUGUGUGUGUGUGUGUGUGUACAACAUUCAUCGCAUCAUCCUCACGUCUGUGAAUAUCAGACCGUAUGGACCUGCAUGUUUACCUUCUGAAUUACACCUGUCCAAUAACAACCAUUCCAACUGCUGAAGAGAGUGCCUGGUGUGUGUAAAAAGGCAAGGCACUGUCCACAGGACAACACUGCUUUUAGAAGAUACAGUAAAUCUAAAUCUUCACCGAAUAAAAAAAAUAAAAACAAUUGUACCGGUUCUUUCAAUUGCAACAGCAUUGCAAUAAUUAUCAAUAUUCAUAUGAUGCAAAAGUAUUUGGGCAAAUUAUUUAUUCUCCUUUGGGUAGGUGGUGCACACGCUUUCUGCUCCAGCUUUGUAUUAAGUUCAGGUGUACAUAAGAAUAAUAUAAUAUCCUCAUGCCCUCUUGUCUUAAUCCAUUACUCCUGUGUAUCUCUUUGGUGUGAUUUUUAUCAUCUUUAUCCCGCAGUGAUUGGGAUAUUUGCCUUUUUGUCUUAAAUUGGCAUGUUCUUAAACUUAAGGAUGUGUGUCAUUUGUUUUGUCUCCAUUAAUAAACGAGGAUGCUACGGUGAAACCAUAACAA